AUGGCAAACGGGCUAGAACGACGAGACUUUAUGAUUACAUAUGAUCCUGCCAUACAUGAACCAAAUAAUCAGUCGAAUCGCAGGCCAGAGUAUGUAUUCAGAGAUCCAUCCUCAUCAAAACCUCAGGACGAUCCACGUAAAACUGCAAAGGCCCUGGAAAACUGGGAACGCUCACCUCGCAGAACUCAGAAAUUGUUUACUCCCGUCUUCUUAAAGCAUGAUCAAGACUCGCUCGGCCCACCUCCGCCUCCUACUAUAUUUAUAUCUCGACUCACACAACAUGCUACUGAAUCCGAGCUCCAACGUGUCUUUUCGCAAUUCGCUCCAGUUGCUACACUACGUGUCGAAGCUAGCUUUGGUUUUGCUACAUUACGCUUCUCUGGAGAUCCUCUCGUCGCCGGCCUAGCUGCUCAAAACGCUGUAGCCUCAGCAUACUCACAAGAAGGCUGUGUCGUCGACGGCUUCCUUGUCCACGUCUCGCUGGAUGAUGCAAGCAAAUUAUGGGAGGAGGCCAUUGAAUCCGCUCAUAAUCCACCACAACCAAUCGUUGCACCCGUGCAACAAAUGGAAGCUCCUCCGGCUGUAGUAUUGCCAACAGCAAUAAAGCCCAUUACUGCUCCAGCUCUGGAUAAUAAUGAAAACGGCACUCUAGUCGCUAAUCUAGAUGCUGAUGCGGCCGACUUGGAAGAAGGAGAGCUGCCAGAGGAGGGCGAACUUGUAGACGACUAUGACGACGGAGAACUAGAAGACGCCCAAAGCCUCGUAGACGACCAUCGACCAGCAAAUUCUCAUAAGGGGUACUCACCGCCGCCUAGCCUAGCAACAGCCAGUGACUGGAGAGGGCGAGAUGCCGAAAGGUCUUAUCGUCGACGUAGCGAAUCAUAUUCUGGAAGUGACUACAGAGAAGAAUCGAACAGAAUCGACAGUUAUCGACCUUCUCACAAUAGAGACACGUAUAGUCGUGAUUAUACCUCAUCUAGUGACAGAUCCCUCUCUCCCCCCCAUAGACGACCAUACUCGAGCAGACGAGAUGACGAUGAUCGUACCAGUAGACGGACCUACGAAUCUGAAUCCAACUCUCGUCGUCGUGGUGAUAUCGACAAAACACCUCGUCGGCAUGAUGGUGAUUCUUCGUCUCGUCGUUAUGAUACUGACUCUGGUGGUCGUCAUGAUGUAUACUCAGCAAAUCGCCGUGAUGAGCGUAGUCACCAUGAAGACCCAAUUGGUAACAGUAAACGUCGUGAUGAAGAGUCAUCAAAAGAUAAGGAUCAACUCCCAUGGCGGACCUACUAUAAUUAUCCAACCCAGCCGGAACAGUCCUCAAAAGCAUCCAUGCCGGCUCCUCUUGCUCUACCAUUAGAUCCCAUAGAAACUAUAAUCGCUCAGGCCACCAAAGACAUGAUUUCUGAACUAUCUCAUGUAUUCUUGAAAGAUGUCAGGAAUCGAGUAUUUGGUCCACUAGUAGUUGAAGCCGCCAAUAGAAAACCACGUCCAUCCACUGUAUCAUCAGGCAAGAUUCCAACAACCAAAAUCGAGCAUUCAGAGGGUGGGUCGUUGGUCAAAUUCGACCCUUCAGAUCAACCACUAUCUGAUCCUCCUGCUAUACGACGAUACCCUGACGCAAUCGCCAAGAGACCCAAACCCGUCCGAAAGGAAAAGGAUGUUGAGGACAUCCCGCAGUCAACUGUCGAUAGUGAAGAAGAUGAGCGUCAACGCAAGGAGCUCAAACGAAAGAGACGAGCUGAACGAAAGCUUGAAAAGGAACGUAAGCGAGCAAAGAGAGCUGCCGAGUCGAAGCUCGAUGAAGGAGAUCGUUCGAGUACUCCAGAAGUGCCUAAUAUUGAGCUACUCAGCAAUGGUAACAAUCCCAGGAAUGCUAAGAGAGUCGACAGUGGUCUGCCUUUUGAAGCCGAACAAGAUCACUUUGAUAUCUCUGACAAGACUCGUAAAAAGCUAAAGAAAACUAUAGCUAGUGCACAAGUCGAACGAUUUUUAGCAACACAGAAUAGUAGGAGUCAACAAGACACCAGUCAAACGGUGGUCGAUAUUGACUCUGAUGCUGAUAUGAGAGAUUCGCGUGGAUCUCCUGUAUUUGAUUCAUCACGUAUGGCUGGAACAGGAUCAGGGUAUGAUACAGAAUUGGACACUUUGGGUAUAUCUUUAGACGAUCUAGGUCCGAUGGGUGCUGAAGAGUCUGCAUAUCUCAAAGAAGCCAUCAAGGAGCAGUUGAAACGUGAUCGAAAGCAACGAGCUCGUAAAAAGCAAGAAUUGCUCAAAGUCAAAGCACGGCCAGUUGCAGAAGUACCUCAAUUGUUGGGGAUCCAAGUCAUGGAUGAAGGGCCAUCAGCGGAAAAUGCCGAGCUAGAUGGAAUACCCACACAUAAAACAGGGUGUGCACGUACCGAACCGGUCUACCGUAUUCCUGAAAUCGCCAAACGUAAAUAUAGAUUGAGAAGUGGCGUCGGUAUCGGUCUGGGCCUUAAUGCUGGUCAAGACUCGAGAAGUGUAAUAUAUGGAAGAAAUACCGCUUUGGUUGUUGAACGACCACUGCCAACCACAACGAGCCUGACUGGCCCAGGACUCUCCAUUGUCAGCAUAAGAGCUGGCAAUAGGAAAGGAGGACCAGUUGCUCCACUACAGUCGCAGUCAAUGGAUUCGUUCUCUGAUGCCGUCAAGUUUAGGCAAUUGCAAGCUCGUUCGAAACAUGUAAGAUUUGCCAAGUCGGCGAUUCACGACUGGGGUCUCUUUGCUGCAACGUCGUUUGUGGAAGGUGAUUUCCUGCUCGAGUAUAUUGGAGAAAUUGUUCGUCAGAGGGUGGCAGAUAUACGAGAGAAGCGAUAUGAAAAGGAGGGUAUUGGAUCUUCUUAUUUAUUUCGAAUUGAUGAAGAUCAAGUCAUUGACGCUACUCGUAUGGGCAACAUGGCUCGUUUCAUAAAUCAUUGUUGUGAGCCGAAUUGUGCAGCCAAAAUAUUGACUGCUGAGGGACGCAAGAGAAUUGUAAUUUAUGCAUCACGGACCAUACAUGAAGGGGAGGAAUUAACGUAUGACUACAAGUUCCCUAUCGAAGACGAAAAGAUACCGUGUCUCUGUGGUGCCAAGAAUUGUAGAGGCUAUUUGAAUUAG